GCGGUUCGUUCCUCGCUCAGUGACGGCGGCGAAGAACAGAUCCCACCCAGGUUGGGCCAGAGGAAGCAGCGCCAUGUGCUCGGGGCUCCAGGCUCUCCUGUUGCCAAUCUGGCUUUCCUGGACUCUGGGAACCCGAGGAUCAGAGCCCAGCAGCGUCAACGAUCCUGGCAACAUGUCCUUUGUGAAGGAGACCGUGGACAAGCUGUUGAAAGGCUACGACAUCCGCCUAAGACCCGACUUCGGGGGUCCCCCAGUCUGCGUGGGGAUGAACAUCGACAUCGCCAGCAUCGACAUGGUGUCUGAAGUCAACAUGGAUUACACCUUAACUAUGUAUUUUCAACAAUAUUGGAGAGAUAAAAGGCUGGCCUAUUCUGGGAUCCCUCUCAACCUCACGCUUGACAAUCGAGUGGCUGACCAGCUCUGGGUGCCCGACACAUAUUUCUUAAAUGACAAAAAGUCAUUUGUGCACGGAGUGACAGUGAAAAACCGCAUGAUCCGCCUGCACCCUGAUGGGACAGUGCUGUAUGGGCUCAGAAUCACCACGACAGCAGCAUGCAUGAUGGACCUCAGAAGAUAUCCACUGGAUGAACAGAACUGCACUCUAGAAAUUGAGAGCUAUGGCUACACCACGGAUGACAUUGAAUUUUACUGGCGUGGCGGGGACAAGGCCGUCACCGGAGUGGAAAGGAUUGAGCUCCCACAGUUCUCCAUUGUGGAGCACCGACUAGUCUCGAGGAACGUUGUCUUUGCCACAGGUGCCUACCCUCGACUCUCACUGAGUUUUCGGUUGAAGAGAAACAUUGGGUACUUCAUUCUUCAGACGUACAUGCCAUCUAUCCUGAUCACCAUCCUCUCCUGGGUGUCCUUCUGGAUCAAUUAUGAUGCCUCUGCUGCUAGAGUUGCCCUUGGGAUCACUACCGUGCUCACCAUGACGACCAUCAACACCCAUCUCCGGGAGACUCUGCCCAAAAUCCCCUACGUCAAAGCCAUCGACAUGUACCUUAUGGGCUGCUUUGUCUUUGUGUUUCUGGCCCUUCUGGAGUACGCCUUUGUCAACUACAUUUUCUUUGGAAGAGGCCCUCAGAGGCAGAAGAAGCUGGCAGAGAAGACAGCCAAGGCAAAGAAUGACCGUUCCAAGAGUGAAAGCAACCGGGUGGAUGCUCAUGGAAACAUUCUCUUAACAUCACUGGAGGUUCACAAUGAAAUGAAUGAGGUUGCAGGCAGCGUUGGUGACACCAGGAAUUCAGCAAUAUCCUUUGACAACUCAGGAAUCCAGUACAGGAAACAGAGCAUGCCCAGGGAAGGGCAUGGGCGAUACAUGGGAGACAGAAGCAUCCCGCACAAGAAGACCCACCUACGGAGGAGGUCUUCCCAGCUCAAAAUCAAAAUCCCUGAUCUAACCGAUGUGAAUGCCAUAGACAGAUGGUCCAGGAUCGUGUUUCCAUUCACCUUUUCUCUUUUCAACUUAGUUUACUGGCUGUACUAUGUUAACUGAGUGACUGUACUUGAUUUUUCAAAGACUUAAUUUAACACUGAGUGAAAUAUUACCCUGCCUGUCAAGUUUUUAUACCUGUACACACAUACACACACACACACACACACACACACACAUGCACACACACACACACACACAAACACACAUAUAUACAUACGCAAUUGUAUAUAUAUGUGAACUUUCUCAGCAUAUAUAUAAAAUACACGUGUAUAUGAGGAUGUAUGCGUAUAUGUUUAUACACACAGGUGUGAGUACCCAUGUGUAUGUAAAACAAAUACACAUACAUACAUACAUUUUGCAGCUAUGGACAAUUUAACACAGGAUGCAUAUUAAAGAAGGUCAUAGUUUUUUUUUUUCCUUUUUUAAUUGAAAGGGACAAGUAUUUCAAUAUUAUGCCUUGAGAAUGAGGGCGUGAAACACAGUGUCAUCCCAAAGUGUGUCUUUUAUUACCAUAAGAUGUUUUCAUUUAGAACUCAGAGAGAAAUUCUUAGUUGAUCUUGGGAAUUCCUCCAGUGGUAGUCAUCUUUUUCAUAUCUUUUCAGUUUCCCAAGCCACAGCCGCUUGGCCUUUCUGGUGAUGGGCUUGUUUUCAUCAGGUGUACUUUUUCCUGUAUGGGGUUGGCUGUUAGCAGAUGAGGUGAGUCGCUCGCUGCGCACUUACCUGUUGUCUUACAUGUAGAUAGAUCCCACAUUGAUGUCUGAAUGUCCAUCUCUUGAAAACCCAUCUGGAGUGAAUGGCGUCCCAUUGUAAGUACUUCACUGUCCAGUACAUGUGGGGGUUUUCUGUUCAUUUGGAGUGGAUCCAACUUAUCUGUCAUGUGGGAACACACAGUGGCACAUGACAAUGACAUUUGAUCACUGAAAACGUGCUAUACAUCUUGCAUCUCGUCCAGAAUUUCUAGGUCGGCUAUCUGACGUCAUAGACGUCUCAGGUUCUUUGUCACUCUGAGGUAAAACCACCAGGAUGGUCUUUUCCCCUUGCAGUUAUGUUACCAUUCUUAUAACAUUGUAUGUUAAUAUAAAAUAUAUUUGCAUAAUAUGCAUACAUAUGUAUAUUUACCAAAAUUUUGUUUCCUAUGCUUGCUACCAUGGCAGCAUGCAAUGUCAUAUUUUUCAUUAUGUGAUGUAACUACUUUUCGUUAUCUAGAAAUUAAGAUUGAAUCUAAAGCACUUCCACUGUUCGCUUUCAGAAAUUUACAAAACAUUCUCAUGCCUUUCUUUCUGUAUCUGACAUAUCUCAUAAGCACAUACACCAACUAGACUGACUGGGAUUUUGCAGGAACAUGACCAGUACACACUACACAUCACGCAACAACCCAUGACCGUUCUCUGAGGCAAAGAGGGCAACCUGCCCACAGUCACUUUUGGUUCCUUCUGAUCCACGGCCUCAUCAGGAUUUGGACUUUUUAAAGCUCGUAGAAACAAGACAAGGUGCACCGGUUUCAUAGACGCAACCUUAACUUACUAUUUAGAUGAGCUCUUUCUAAAGAAAAAAAAAGAUGAUAUAUUUUUUGUAAACAAUAUUUCUAUCACAGGCAUCCAUAAACUGAAAUGACUACAGUUGUGCAAACAGGUGUCACAGUGAGGCAUUUGGAGGAAAAAAUAAAAAGUAAAAUAUGCAGGAAAGAACUGCUAAAUUAAUACUUUUCCCAAAAUACCUCAUAUGCCUCACCCUAUCUGUUCUGUCCAAAAUGAAGGACCAGAGUCUGGGCCACCCUGGAAAGUCUGGUUUCUCCACACAGGCAGCAGCACCCUCCCUAAGGGUGUAUGUGUUAUGGACUGUCCCUAUGACUGACAGUACUUGAUUUUUUUUUUUUUUUUUUUUUUUUGGUGACCAUAGAAGCCUUUAAUUUGUUGGAGACUGUGACAGUUCAAAACCUACCAUAAGAUAAAAUGCAAUCUACAAAUCUCAUGCUAGAGGCAAUUACCUUUUAAAUUGUUAUUAUUUUUGCCUUCUUCCUGCCUUCAUUCCUAUCUUCUCCCAGUUACUGCCCUUUAUUUUUACCUGGAAACAAGCCAGCGAAAUUUGGUCUUUGGCUUUUCUCUAAUAUUUUUGUUUUCCAUGGGUAACAAUGGGAAGAUCCUAAAAGUUGAACAGAUUGGGAAAAAUCUUGUAAGUGGCCUUAUCAAUGUUAGCAUGUUAAAGAAAAAACACAUUUGCAAAGACCUUAUCCCUUUCAAUACUUCAGGUAUCUUUUUGUGUAUCCAGUGAUUCAAUAUGUGAGGUCCACAAGUGGAAGAGGGACCCCAAAACACAAGUGAACAUGGACAUAUGCAGUCAAUGGUCAAUUAUCAUACUAUCCAGAACUGUGACAUUUAAUUAUUUCUGGGAGAAAAAUGACUCAAAACUUUUUUCAUGCAUAGUUGAGCUACUCAAAUAUCAGAGGCAGAGAGCCCACAAGGCUCAUAAGAGCAGCAAUCUACUUCCUGAGGUUUUCUGGAUAUAAAUUUGCAUGGUUUAGUCAUAAUAGCUUUUGAGCUUUUUAUAUGCAUUUGGCACCAAGACUGGGAUCCACAACUUUGUAGACACUGCAAUGAUGUUAACAUAAUAGCUAUACUAUAGGUAGUAUUUGUAACUACACACACAUGCACACACAAAUACAUACAUGUAUUCUGUAAAAAGAAAAAAAAAAAACCUUUUUAAGAUCCUUGGGUAUGUGUUUGCUUUACUCCAUUUCAGAAGAAAAUUACUUUUCUUCUAAUAAAAUUAUUUUAUAUCUUCUCCAUUUUUAAAGAGUUGUGAGAAGUAUCCAGAAAAGAACUCUAGCUAUGCUGACAGGAGAGUGGAAUCUGACUCUCCUGGUUCUGUUGAAACGGCCUCAUUACUCCACAGUAGCAGGUUAAACCAGUGAGUGAGGAAUGUCAGCUAGGACCUCUAAUGAGAGGUUGCUGUAACAUGCCCAGACCUGAGUAAAGACACAAAAGUUUUACUUGGGUAUCUAAAGAGAUUCCUCUCUUAACCCACUCAAUAUUAUAAACAAUGCAUUUUCUCAGUAGCCCUGCCUUUCCAAAAUGCUUCAUGGAGGGCUGUGAAUUCUCAGCAAUCUGUGGUGGCCAUUCAUGAUUAUCUGCAUAGCUGACAUGUGACAGGCCCAGUGCCCUCUUCUAUAAACCUUUUCAAAGGCUGAACUGGCAGGCAACUCCUCACUGACCUCAGGGCUGGUGAGGGGUGACAAUGUUAGACCACAACCCAUUCAUUCCCCCUUAAAUUUCAGAUGAACUAGAAAGUACUGUGAUAAUAUUCUUGUUAGGUAUAAAGGGACAUGUCAAUCUGCAGUAUCGUGUGUUUCAACGCCCGUACAAGAACUGGGUCAUCUUCAGUUGAUCAAUCAAAAGCACUCUCUCCUGUCCAAAUACUAAACUGACAUUUUCACCAACGAGUUCAUCUCAGGGGUGAUGCCAGACACACUUGGGACUGGCGUGAGGGCACAGAUACAUGCAGGUGUCAAUGUUCAUGUUGGACAUCUCAUAGAUAAUAGGUGUUUGUCCCAUGUGUAUGCAUUCUAAAAAGAUGUGUCCAACUUCAAAUCUCCUGGCUUGAAAGUAUAAUAAACCUUCUACAAUUUCUUAUUUUAACCUCCACCUGAAAACAAGUUCCCAUCUCUGGCCAUUUUAUGGAAGACAGCUGAACAACUGGUAAGAUAUUUUGUUACUCUCAGAACCAGUGCUUGCUCUGAUUGUUAUGUGAGCGAAGCUGUCCACUAGAGUAAUAUUGACUUUUGGGGCAAAAGCUGCCCAGGUGAUUAAAUUUCCCAGGACACUAGCUAGUGUGCCUUGGACUGAUUACCUCUUCCUCUGCAUUGAAAGGUGCCAUGUUUUCCUGAAAUACUAAAUUCCCAUCACCUGGGUAGACAGUGACCUCCCAGAGUGGCUCACACACCACACCUCUCCUAGGGACUGCCCCGUGAAUAUGUCAUUUGUGACUCAUUUUUCUACUUUACAAGUCAGUAAGUGUGUUCAAGGUAAGCACAGGACUGCUAUAGUAGGAAUUCGCAAUUGCUGUCAUAUUCGAUGCCCAUGUCAACUUCAUUUCAUUGUAAAGAUAAAUUUAAAUUUAAACCCAGUUUUGCUUAAGCACAUUGAUGUAAUUUUUUGGUAUUAUUUGACAUGAAAAAAAACAGCAAAAUUGAGUGACAGAUACAAUAUGAAACUUGUUGAAUGAAUUCAAAUUUAUUAAAAAAGGACUAACUGA